CUAGGAAGUUCCUAACAGCCUGUCUUCUCCUCAGCCCUGGGACUGACCAAGUCACACGCCUGUGGGGCUCGGGGCUGCUGACAUGGGGCGCCUUCCUUGCCUACUCCUUUUCAUGCUACUGCAGCAAGCCAAAGGAGACUCAGGAGAUGACAUGAAUCCCAAAGAAGUAGUUGCCGUCCUUCAGGAGUCUAUCAACUUCUACCUGGAAAUACCUUCCAACGAAGAGGUUGAGAACAUCGUCUGGUCCUCCAGUACAAGUCUUGCCAUCGUGGUGCCAGGGAGACUCCUAGCUACCAUCACACUAACUGACACUCGCUACCAGGGCCGAGUGAGCUUCCUGGACUCCAGCUACUCUCUGCACAUCAGUAAUCUGAGCUGGACGGACUCAGGCCUUUACCGAGCUCAAGUCAACCUGAGGACGUCCCAGUUCUCUACUAUGCAACUCUUCAAUCUCCGAGUCUACCGACGUUUGUUGGAACCCCAAGUCACAGUGAACUUCGAGCUCUUUGGGAACGGUACCUGCAACAUGUCCCUGGAAUGCUCUGUGGAGAAGGCAGGCUUGGAUGUGACCUACAGCUGGCUAUCCUGGGAGGAUGGUGCCCAUACAGCCCAUGAAGGCUGUGUCCUCAGCACAUCCUGGAAGCCUGGGGACAAUGCCUUCUACACCUGCAGAGCCAGCAACCCCGUCAGCGAUGUUAGUUCCCGUCCAGUCUCUGCUGGGCUCUUCUGUGCAGAUCCUGGCUAUCCUUCUGAGAAGCCUGCAGCAUUCAUCUGCCUCCUGGCCAAGGGGUCACUCCUUCUCUUACUCUUGGUAAUUCUGGUCGUGGGACUCUGGGCCACCCAAGUCCAGGAAAGAAGCAACGCACCAAGGACGAAGAAACUCAGGAGACACAGAAUGGAACUGAGGAAGAAGAAUCAGCCUGGCCCUAGCCUGGCUUGA